AUAUAUCGCAGACGCUUUCUUUCGGUUUUCCUGAAAAAGAAGCCCUAGUACUCGGACGACCAUACUUGAUACCUGCCUCUUCAAAACCGAUUAGGUUAGAGCAACAGACAAGGACGGAAUUAACAGCGUUGCUCGAAAAGAACGAAAAGCUGUUGAGUGACAAAGAGCUAUGUUCAAAGUUAAAAGACGGCGGAGAGAAACUACGAGCUACAAAUGCACGCAUACGAGAACGACUACAAAAAUUCGACACGGUUACUCGUUCGUCUCAUGACGAGUUGUCGAUGAGAAAGAAGGACAACGAUCCCAAUGAAGAGUUUUCUAAUGACUUGGAAUCACAGUUGAGAAAGUUGUCAUUAAACUCAACAAUGAGUGGGAUUGGAACGGGACCAAAAUAUUACAAGGCUGUAAAGACAAAACUAUUAUCCGUCGAUGAAGCCGCGGCUAUUGAAGAGAAGCAAUUUAGGGCGUCUCGAUUGCAUAAAGUAAACGAAAAAACUGCUGUCUCGAAUAAGGUCGAUUUUGAUAGAUUUCGGGAUAGAGCGGACGAUGAUUCUAUUGAAUCAGAUUAUCUUGGUGGUGACUCUGAUGAAGAAGACGAAGAAGAUUAUUAUUGA